CCGCGCGGGGAAACGCCGGCGGCAGGGGCGCGCGUCCCGGCAUGUGGUCGUCGUGGUGCUGGGCGACGUGGGCCGCAGCCCCCGCAUGCAGUACCACGCACUGUCGUUGGCCAAGCACGGCUUCUCCGUGACGCUCCUGGGCUUCUGCGACUCCAAACCCCGCGAUGAGCUCUUGCAGAGCGACCGCAUUCAGAUGGUGAGGCUGACUGAGCUUCGGCGCCUUGCAGUCGGGCCCCGACUUCUCCAGUACGGGAUCAAAGUUGCGUUUCAGGCCGUGCACCUGCUGUGGAGGUUGAUAUGGACGGAGCCCGCCGCCUACAUCUUUCUCCAGAACCCCCCCGGCCUGCCUGCCAUUGCUGUCUGCUGGUUUGUGGGCUGCCUUUGUGGGAGCAAACUCGUCGUCGACUGGCACAACUACGGCUACUCCAUCAUGGGUCUGGUGCAUGGGCCCCGCCACCCCCUCGUCCUGUUGGCCAAGUGGUACGAGAGGCUCUUUGGGCGCCUGGUGCACUUCAACCUGUGUGUGACCAACGCCAUGCGGGAAGACCUGGCGGAGAACUGGCACAUCAGAGCAGUGACCGUCCACGACAAGCCGGCGUCCUUCUUCAAAGAGACGCCCCUGCACCUGCAGCACGAGCUGUUCCUGAAGCUGGGCCACACCCACUCUCCCUUCAGGGCCCGCUCAGAGCCCUCAGACCCUGCUGUGGAGAGGUCGGCCUUCACGGAGCGCGAUGCUCGGAGCGGGGCGGUGACACAGCUGCGCGGGCGGCCGGCCCUGCUGGUCAGCAGUACAAGCUGGACAGAGGACGAGGACUUCUCCAUCCUGCUGGCUGCCUUAGAAAAGUUUGAACAGCUGGCCCUCCACGGAGACAACCUUCCUGCUCUAGUCUGUGUGAUAACAGGCAAAGGGCCCCUGAAGGAGCACUACAGCCGCCUGCUGGCCCAGCGACGUUUCCAGCACGUCCAGGUGUGCACCCCGUGGCUGGAGGCCGAGGACUACCCCUUACUCCUAGGGUCGGCGGACCUGGGUGUGUGUCUGCACAAGUCCUCCAGUGGCCUGGACCUGCCCAUGAAGGUGGUGGACAUGUUCGGGUGCUGCCUGCCUGUGUGUGCAGUGACCUUCAAGUGUUUACACGAGCUUGUGAGGCAUGAAGAGAAUGGCCUGGUCUUCCAGGACUCGGAGGAGCUGGCUGCUCAGCUGCAGAUGCUCUUCUCAAAGUUCCCGGAUCCCGCGGGCAAGCUGAGCCAGUUCCGGAGGAACCUCCGGGAGUCACGGCAGCUGCGAUGGGAUGAGAGCUGGGAGCAGACCGUGCUUCCUCUCCUGAUGGACCGGAAAGGUGCUCUGUGGCUUUCUUGAGCCUGAAAUGGUGCACGUUUGAGUCGAGCAAGGCCGUGGGUCCCGGAGUGGAAUGGAACAUUCCCCCAGCGUUCAAGCCCAGGGACAGCACUGUCAGCGUUUCCACGGGAGCUGUCUUCCCACGCUGCCUGCGAUCCUGAUUUCUCACCAUGUCCGGGAAGGGAGCCUACAGCGCCAGCUUCAGAAUCACCACCUCCCACUGCUCCUCGUAAGGAAACAGAGCCCGGUCGUGAGGGGGCACCACCUCCCAGCGGAUCCCGGCCUGGCCUGCAAACAGAGCACACGCGUCACAGGAUGCGGGUGUUUAGGGACGGACUGCCGGUCUGAUGGGCUCAGACUGCCAGGCCCACCCCAGAGCCUAGCACCAGGAACCUGCGACACCAGGAACCUGUGUUCUUGUCAGCAGUGGCGGGCAGCCGGGGGCAGCCCCCGCUGACUUGGUGCAGGCUGAGAAGGCCUGGGAUCUGACCAGCAUCUGCCUGGCUGCUCAGGACGCUGGCGGCCAUGGCGUCCUGCCGCGUGUUGACCAGUGCAAGGACGCCAGCCAGGGCCUCUGCGUUUCUGCCAUGAAGGAAGCAGUAAAGAUGUGAAUGUGUACAGGU